AUGGUGGGCGAAACGAUUUCGUCUUAUAGUUUCGACCAUGUUAUUCUGCUACUGGAUACGCCGGACUUUGAGAACCCGCCGUCGUGGCUGAGUGACAAUUUUACCAUCAUUGAGGGCGGGACACAUGCCGGUGGCUCCUCCCGCAACAAACUCAUCAUCUUCCCCGAUGGUACUUACAUCGAGCUGAUAAACUGGAUCACGGAGCCUAAAGAAUUCUUCGAUUGGGCACCAAAAUCACCCGGUCUGAUUGACUUUGCACUUACAACCCCUUCGUCUGCGCAGGACACCUUUGAUGAAGUUACGCGGCGCUUAGGGUCGAAACUGGAACAGCCUUAUCCCGUUCAGUCCUCGUCAACGGAUGAGGUCCCAGUACCCAGAGUCGACGCUGGUGACGGAGGGCUGGGUGUGCGGUUUCGACCUCCCCUUGCUGGCGGCCGCAAGCGAAAAGACGGCCAAGACGUCCAGUGGCACGUCACGAAACCACUCCUGGACGACUCCGCAGAAAAUGUGCCAAAACCGCUCGAAAAAUACUUCCCCAAGGGACGACUCGACACGCCAUUCUUCUGCCACGAUGUGACGGACCGGAGUCUGAGAGUGCCGUACGCCGAGAAAGAGAUAUCCGAGACGCACCCUUGCGGGGCGAGAGGGAUCCUCUGGGUCGAGGUGCUCGUUCCUGAGGACAAGAUUGACAGCUACAUACGCCUGUACACCUCGGUGCUCGGCACGAAACCGAAAGUCCAGGGUGGCUACAGGUAUCGUCCGACCACGAGCGUGAGCUUUUUGCUCAGCACGCCGAAUCCCGACGAGGAGGCCAUGAAGCGCCUAAGAGGCAGGGUUGGGGUGGUGAUCCGGGCGCCGAGGGAUCAAGAGGAUGACGCGUGGCUGAAAGAGAGGGGGUUGGGGAUCCGAGAAGUGAGGCUGUUCGCUGAAGCCAAGGGCGAGGAUGAGGUCGACGAGAUGCCCCUGGACAGUGAAGGGAUCGGAGCGAGUCUGGUGCUGGUGAAAGAGCCCGCGGGGUUUUGGGAGGAGGUCAGCUGA